CGGAGCCGCGGUGGAACAGGUACCCGCUCCUGCACCUGCUUCUCUUGCACCUGCCGUGCAGCUGCUCCCACCCAGCUCUCCUGGCCUGAGCCUUGCCUGGCGCGGCACCCUGCCUCUCCCAGUCUCCCACCGGAGCAGCUGCUACGCUCAGCUCCUUCUCUAAGGAAGGUCUCGCCUCCAGCCCGAAGCAGUCAGGAUUACAGAAAGCACCCCCCUCGGCUCCAAGGACCACCAUGACCGAGGCCGGCUGGUGGAAGCUGACCUUCCUCCGGAAAAAGAAAUCAGCUCCCAAGGUGCUGUAUGAGAUCCCCGACACCUAUGCUCAAACAGAGGGCAGCGCUGAGGCCCCGAGGCCCGAGGGCGGGGCCCCCAACGGCAACUUUAACACCCGCCUGGAGAAGAUUGUGGACAAGAACACAAAAGGCAAGCACGUCAAAGUCUCCAAUUCGGGCCGCUUCAAGGAGAAGAAGAAAGUCCGGGCCACGUUGGCAGAGAACCCCAACCUCUUUGACGACAGGGAGGGCAAAGGACAGUGAGGGGGGCCAAGGAGGACGCUGACACCUCCCUACUCCUGCCGUCAGCCGGAUCUGAGACAGGAGCUUGCCACGCCGGCCUCCUUGGCCACAGCUGACGCUGUGGGGGCAGUUGAUGCCUGCUGGCAGGAAAUGGCUGGUUUUAGGUUUGUAUUUAUGUGCCCCAGCUUUCUGGAAGGUCUGGGUUCUCCCAGCGUCCCCCCACGCCCCCCAGCACGUACAAAGGCACUCCAGUCCAAGGAUGAAAAGUCCCACCCAGGAAGGACAGCCCUCCUCAAAGUCGUGGCGCCAGCAGGGAGGUGGGCAUGGUGAGGGACAGAGAGGGGGGGCGGACAGACUUCGCCUCCUCCUGGGGCACAGGGUCAAGGGUGAGUUUCGAUUGCUGCUUCCACAACUGUUCCCUGGACCAAUUCUGAACGUGACUUUUCCUGAAGCCACAUGAUGGGGUGGUUUCCUGGAGCUGGAGGAGGCGGAGACCCUGAACUUGAGCUCACCUCCUACCACAAGAGGGAAACUUCCUGGAACUUUGCCCCCAGGUGUGUAGGGAGAGGAGGUCACCGGCACUCUGGGGGGGAGGGGUGCUGCUGCAGAAAUCCAGGUGAGGGACCCCAUGGGUUCCUGCACACCUCCUCAAAGGGACACUGCACUGGCUCAUGGGUCCAAAUUCGGGGAGCAGGUAGGGAAGCUGUGGUAGGACCUAAAAGCAGUCAGCUCUCUUCUCCCCUCCUACUGGUAUUUAAGAAGGACAAGCCCCAGAGAUGAGUCCUGGAGCUUUGAAUUUUGUUUAAAAAAAUAAUAAUUGUAGGUUUCUCUCUUUGUAAUAAACAAUGCUGCAAAAGCAGA